AUGGUCCGCAUCAAGCACCGAUACCUACUCAUGCACGUGCUCUACCCUCAAGAUGCGUCGACGGCGAAGCACCAGGAUGAGACUGUGCCAUGGUCUGUCAAGUUCCGAAGAGCGUCGUCAGAUCGCUUCGAAGCAGGCCUCAUUCUUCGCGUUGUUCGCAAUGGCGUCGCUGAGCUAUUCGGCGACUAUGGAGCUGGCAUGGUCUCGGGAAGUCUGAAAAUCAUAUACUGCUCUUCUGCGACCAGCACGGCCAUCGUACGCGUGGCGAAGGCGCAUUACCGGCUGGCAUGGGCGGCGCUGUCUUUCGUCACCAAGCUGCCCCAGCCCAUUGAUCAGCCGUGCGUCAUCCAGGUCGUGCGCGUGUCAGGCACAAUCAAGAAAGCCGAAGAAGAAGCCGUCCGACGU